GUGACGUCACGGCAUAACACAAACGAGCUAGUUAACCAGCAUGGACGUCCAGAAAGCCAGAAUAUUUCAGCAACAUCCUAAAAGUCUGAAAGCCUCCAUAAGUGAGAAGUAAACCCUAGCAGUGCUUUUACUUCCCUUCUGUCCUGUGAACAUCCUGAAGUUUCAGCUGCUUUAUCUUUCUCUCCUGGUGCUGUCACUGUGUUCCUCUCCUUCUCCAGAACACAGCAUUAACACCAACACCAACAGGAACCUGCUGGAGAAACACCUUCCUCAGUUCAGCUCCUAACCACUAGCUUAUAGCCCACAUCAGUAUUUAUGGAGUGAAGCUGGCUCCGUGUGAUGGAACUGUGCUAGUAGGAAUGCAGUAAAAUGACUGAAAUUAGACAUGUGGAGCUACACACUGCUGUUUGUGCUGCAGAUCUUCACCUUUGCUCCCACUGUGUCCGGUGAUGGUUCUGUAACGGCCAAACUUCAUCACCCCGUUACCCUCACCUGUAACUCCAGAUGUUCUGGUGUACUCGAAUGGAGCAAGUUUCGAACCAUUGUGGCUCGGUGUGAUGAGACCUCCUGCAGGCCAGAGGAGGGAUUUAACAUCUCUCAUGAUCAGUACCUGAAGGGGAAUCCACAUCUCACCAUCACUGCAGCUGAUUACAGUGCGAGAGGAUUGUACACGUGUCUGUGUAACGGUACAGACAUCUGUAAAGUGCGUCUCCUCAUCGAGCCUCUAGAGAUGACCCGUGUGAUUGCCCCAGGUGAACCCAUAGACGUGCUCUUACCCCUCACUGACCUGGUGGAUGUGAGUUUUACUGCCAGUGAUGCUGUACAACCAUCAAACCUGCAGAUCUGCAGCGUGGACAAGGAGAAGAUCCAGUGCAGUCCAGAUUAUAAAGAGAGAGCGUCUCUCCUCAACACUCUUCAGAUUAAAGAUGGAGACGUCUCUGACAGUGGGAACUACACAGUACAGGAUAUAGUGAAUGACGAGACUUUAGCCAUCGUAACGGUCCAUAUGAGAGGUCAACCCGUGUCCCAGACUCGCACUCGAGGACGCCGCAGUGCUCCUGAGCCCUGUCCAGACAUCAAGCCGUGUCCAGACAUCAAGCAGCAGGAAGGUGUACCAGUGUGGGGGAUUGUACUGAUACUGAUACUGAUGCUGGUUUUAUCUGCAUUUGUGGUCCUGUUGGUGAUGCAUGUGCGUCUGAGGAGAGAAAAUCAGCAGCUCCGUGAAAAUGCUGAGAACAACGGACUCCCUCUCCUCCAGCAGAAUGGAAACACUGUGCUCUUGAGAGCAGUAGAGAAGACCCCGUGAGGAUGGCCUUUGACCCUCACCUGUUCAGGUGUAUAAAUGAGAGAAAUGAGAGUCGCUCUGGAUAAGCACAUCUACCAAAUACUGUAAAUGUAAAUACAUGUAAAUUAUUACUUUGAGUCUUUUAUGGAUAAAAUGAAGAAUUUCAGUUGUAUUAAAUUCCAGCGAGUGCUUGAUCAGAUUGUUCUCCAGAUGUGCUGCUGACUCUGAACACGACCCUCAAGGAGUAAAGAUAUUUAAAUGAUGUUAAGAGCAUUUCUAAAGCGGUAUUGUAUUUUAAUAUGAAAAGUGCACUGUGGUUUUUAUUAGAAUGAAGAAAUCUAUAUUUUCCACAUGUGUUUUUCACUUUUAUAAACUGUAUUUUAUAUGAUAUCGAGACAUAUAUUAAAAAAUAUAUAUUUUAA